GAGAGCGGCAGAGAAGUUAUUGCGCGGAGUUGAACUCUCGGAGAGCUUUGGGAGCAAUCGAGUGCUGGCGAGCUGGCUGGCGCUGUUCUCACUGUCGCCUGUUUGGCCGAUCGAAUGGCCGACCUGGUUUUUUAGCCCUAAAUCGUAAUAAUGGCCGAGGGACUCGAGCUGAACGUCGUCCAAAUCUAGGGGCAGAAGUGUGGCGCGAGUGAGUUGGCUUCAAGUCAUGGCUGCGGGCGAUAUUGUUGUUGUUGUUGUUGUGGCCGGCGCUGGAGAUCGGGCUUGGGCCUUGGCCAGAGUGCCGCCACUUUUCCUGGGAGAUGGUACAGGAUCCAUCCGCAGAAGGUACAGUUUGUAUCAGAUUCAGCUCGUCCUAUCGUGUCGCAGCUCUCGCUCCCCGUCCCCCGUAGCAGCAGCAGCAGGAGGGUGUUCGUCUCGUUCAUGCGACCGCGGACUCGGUAGGGAUGGGAGCCGACUUUUCUUGUUACUACGAUCGAGGAUGGAUCCGGGGAAUGUUUCCGAGGCUCAGAGGACAUGAUUGCUGCCGCUGCUGCUAACUUACCCAUGAUGUCCGCGAGGACAAGUGCGGCAGCUGACUCUCGUUGAGGGCGAUCGAGUUAGUAGCGGGGGUGGGGGUUUGCAUCUGAAUUUAGUGACUCGGGCUCGGAAGCUGUUAGGCCUUACAGCUCUCAUGAUGAGGAAUGAUACUGUGCCCGCUCAUCAGUUCUCGGUGCGACCUCGAGCCGGUUGGACCAAAGAUCGACGACUCAGGAAUGUGUGUUCUAGUCGAACUUGCGGGCCGUGUGAAGACGAAGUGGGGGUGGAAGAAUGCCGAGAGUUUCAGGCUCCCUCUGCGGCCACUUACAAACGCCCAUCUCGUAGUGGGAGGGCCCCACACCCCUGGAAAGCUGGUGACGUGAGAAAUGUUGGGCCAAUUGAUUAACGGUCUAUGGUCAUUGUGGAGGGAGAUGAUAACUCACCAUCAGAAGUAGAGCUUUGAUCCGCAGAAAAGUGAUCUGUACAGUCUCCGCACUUCCUAUGGAAUGAACACACCAUGUACCAGACCGGUUCCCCAACUUUUCGACCCGAGGAGAGGAAGCCACAAGUCAAACACACCUAACGAGCACUAAAGGGUGGCCUGUCGAAAUCACGGACUUCCAAUUGGAGGAGGACGUUCUAAUUGAGAACGGUAAUUUUUGUUUUCGAGGAGGAAUAUUGCAUUCUAUUGUAGAGAGGAGGGGAGGGGAGGGGAGGGGAGAGGAGAGGAGAGGAGAGGUGACGUUAAAUACCGCAAUCCAGCACCUACUGGCUGACGGGAUUCUACAGGAGCUCGAACUUAUUGGUUCGGCUUGUUGAUAUAUCUGACUGCAGCAGCGCUCACGCUCAUGCUCACGCUCAGGCUCAUGUUGCCAGCGAAAGUCAUUUUUUCCAGUAUACAGUGACACAUCCUUGUAUUGAACAUGUUGCUCGGAG